GGCUUUAAAUAGCCCCUCCUUUUCCGGUCACGUGUCCACGUGGGCGCCGCCAUGUUCCUGAACUGCUACACGAACGAGCGCGGGGAGCGCGUUUAUACCUUAAAGAAGGUGUCCCCGGGGGGUCUCCCCACCUUCUCCGCCCACCCCGCCCGGUUCUCCCCCGAUGACAAAUUCUCCCGGCACCGCCUGGCCCUGAAGCGGCGCUUUGGGGUCCUCCCCACCCAGAAGGGACGGACCCCGCUCUGAGGGGACCCCCAAAAAUGCCCCCCGAGCCGCAGAGGGGGAAGAGGGGGCGGAAAAAGACCCGAAAUGGAGGAAAAUGGAGCGAAAAUGACCCAAAAUGACCCAAAAUUGAGGAAAUAUGACCCAAAGUGGAGUAAAAUGGAGCGAAAAUGACCCAAAAUGGAGAAAAAUGGAGGGAAAAUGGAAGAAAAAUGACCCAAAAUGGAGGAAAAUGACCCAAAAUGGAGGAAAAUGGAGUGAAAAUGACUCAAAAUGGAGCAAAAAUGACCCAAAAUGGAGGAAAAAUGACCCAAAAUGGAGGAAAAAUGACCCAAAAUGGAGAAAAAUGGAGCGAAAAUGACCCAAAAUGCAGGAAAAUGGAGGAAAAAUGACCCAAAAUGGAGAGAAAAUGACCCAAAAUGGAGCAAAAAUGGAGGAAAAACGACCCAAAAUGGAGCAAAAAUGACCCAAAAUGACCCGAAAUGGAGCAAAAAUGACUCAAAAUGGAGGAAAAAUGGAGCGAAAAUGACCCAAAAUGACCCAAAAUGGAGGAAAAAUGACCCAAAAUGGAGGAAAAUGACCCAAAAUGGAACAAAAAUGACCCAAAACGGAGUGAAAUAAACGUUUUUUUGACCCAAAAUGGAGCAAAAAUGACUGAAAAUGAAGCGAAAAUGACCCAAAAUGGAGGAAAAAUUACACAAAAUGGAGGAAAAUGGAGCGAAAAUGACCCAAAAUGGAGGAAAAAUGACCCGAAUUUGAGUAAAAA